AUGAAAGAUCAAUUAUCUCACAAUGACAAGAAAAGAAAGACAGGCCCAUCUGUUGAUAUAAAUAAUACCUCACAAUUGACCUCUCGAAUUUCUACUUCUUCAUCAUCAAAUAAAACCGAGAAAUCCACUAUCAAUCUAGAUCAACCUUUAGAUGUUGGAACUCCAGACACAGUAAAUAAUAUGGACGUGACAUCUCCUUCUCGCAUUCCAUUUACAACUCUUCAAUAUCAAAUGCUGACUAUGAAAUCCAAGACAAAAAUCCGUGCUUCUAGUAUUGAAACUACAAGAGUUAUAAGAACGGGUGAUAAUGCUAUACCAAAUAAAGGACGAUCUUCAAAAGUGUCUAGUAAAGGAAAGAAUAACGGUAUGAUUUAA